AUGACAGUACCAACAUUAAAUGGUGUACCUUCCUCGCUACCACCUUCGCUAGCAGAGCUUUCGAGGAGAGCGACCGUAGACAAGACGGACAUGUCUAAAUAUUCGAUCAAAAGCUGGAUAGCGACAGUAUCUAAAUUAUAUGAGCAGGGUGAUUUCGAGUAUCGUGAGAAUUGCUUGGAUAAUGCUUACGUCUACUAUAUGAAGGGUUGCAGCAUCAUGGUCGAAGUCAUUGCCAAGCAUCAAAAUUUCAAGGAAGCCAAGAAGGAUGUUACCUACCGUCAGCUCAAAGCAAGAACAAGCGAUGAAAUAUUGAUGCUUUUGGAGGAACUCAGUGCAAAGCUGCAAUACAGUGAUCCAGAUCGAUUAGCAGACGAUUAUUUCGUUCAGGAUGUGAUGAAUAAAUAUCCGCCAGUGAACGAUAUGCCUAUGCCGAUGCCCAGCCCAACGCAUAUUGAUAGCAGCAGUUUCUUGGAUAAUCUGCCCUCGGUGCCAAAGCACAUGCCUAGUAACAAUGGCACCGCAAAACCAACGCAGCGAGAUAACAGUGUCGGCAGCAAUCAUAGUAGUAACUCGAGCCCUUUGUCUGUUGCUUCUAAUUUCAUGAAAAUGCCUGAGCCUCAACCUCAGCAACAGCCAACAGCUCCACCUAAAUCGUCAGCGACCAAUGUGCUGCAAUUGCCAACACCUUCUGCUGACUUAUCAAUCCCGCCAACGCCAAUCGUAGAUGCACGACAGCUUGCUUCCUGGAUCGUAAAGAAGAGCGACGGUAAGCAGCCCAGUGUGUUGAUCUUGGAUGUUCGACCACGACAACUCUUUGAUCAAGGAUUCAUCAAACACAAAUGGAUUGCGCAGAUUGAACCUUUAGUGUUGAAACAAGAUGUUUCCUCUAGGAAAAUCGAAGAAUCUAUGGUCAUGAACCCUGAUGCAGAGCAACAGAUAUUUGCAGGUCGACAUCAAUUUGAUCUUGUCGUAUAUUACGAUCAGAAUUCACAAUCCCUUCAAAACCUUACACUCAACCAUUUGAGAGCAGCCAUUUACGAGUUGGAAUUUCAAAAGAUAUUGCAAAGAGCUCCUGUUAUGUUGUCAGGUGGAUUUGAUGCUUGGAAACAAGUGAUUGGCGAAAAAGGUAUAUUCAGAUACACGAAUGAUGCUUCUUCCACUGCUGCCAACGCACAUAGCCGAGACGCAUCACCAUUACCACACCACUACCAGCAGCAGCAGCAGCAGCAGCAGCAGCAGCAAAAACCACACUGGUUGAAGGAUGUAGUAGGCAGAGGAUCAGAUCAAAACAUGGCUUUGAGCCCUGUCAAGGUCCAUCAUACAUUUUACGACUAUUUCAGUAAUACGGGAUCCUCUGGUAACAAGGAAUCAAUGACAAGAUACACUGAACGGAGCGUAGCUACACCUCCAUUGAGAGGCGUAUUUAGCAAUACACUGUAUCAGCCCUCUUCACCAUCCAAGACCUCAGCUUAUGCUAUGCCUAUACCCCAACCUUCGACAGCUCCUGCUCAAAAUGCGGACACAGCCACCACCAAAUACCCAGAUGUUCGACCCAACCUAUCCAGUUUGCAGCGAAAAAAGACAUUUAUCGACAAUCCAUUCCAUGGCUUCACAUCUACCACCAACCAGCAAUUCGACGUACCUCCCUUACCACCUAAACCACAACGACCCCUACCAGAAGCGCCUGAUUCAGCAGCAGCAGCAGCACCGGCGGCUUCUGCCCCUCCUUUACCACCCAAAGAAGUCUACGCAUCAUCGCCUAUUAACAAUGCUUAUCGCACUGCACCUGUAUCUGACAAUUCCUUCUCUCAAAUGGGUAAUGUCAUGAUUGGUACAACAGGUUUAAAGAAUCUGGGAAAUACGUGCUUUAUGAAUUCCAUCAUACAAUGUCUCAGCGGUACCAUUCCAUUUGCUCGUUAUUUCAUCUCUGGCGUGUUCCGACAGCAUAUCAAUAAGGACAACUUUUUGGGCACAGGUGGUGUGUUGGCCGAAAACUUUGCUAGUUUGUUGCGUACCAUGUGGAGCGAGAACUACAACUUUAUUUCGCCCGUGUUGUUUCGGGAAGCAUUGAUCAAGUUUGCUCCUCAGUUUCGCGGUAGUGAACAGCACGAUUCUCAAGAGUUUUUGAACUUUUUGCUAGAUGGUAUUCAUGAAGACUGUAAUUUGGUGAAGAAGCGGCCUAGUCCUCCACCUGAAUCUGCUGAAGAGGAAGCUCGCUUCGAACAAUUACCUGAUUGGCAAGCAAGUGGCAUUGCUUGGGAGCGGUAUUUGGAGCGUAAUUCCAGUGUCAUUGUAAGUCUGUUCCAAGGGCAGUAUCGUAGUAGAUUGACCUGUUUAACAUGCCAAGCUACCUCUACUACUUAUAAUUCAUUCAUGUCGCUGUCGUUGCCCAUUCCAGCCAAGCGAAGUGGCCCCUCCAGUGUAUCCAUCUAUCAAUGCCUGGAUUAUUUUGUCAAGGAAGAGAUUUUGGACCACGAUGAUGCCUGGCAAUGUCCCAAAUGUAAAACGCUUCGUCGUGCAAGUAAAUCGUUGACAUUAUCAAAGCUGCCAGACGUUCUGUUGAUUCAUUUGAAGCGAUUCUCGUUUGAUGGUCCAUUCAAAGACAAGCUAGAGACGAUCGUAGAAUCUCCCAUGAGUGGCCUUGAUUUAUCGCGUUACGUGCCAUCUACCAUGUUCCCACCUGAUCAGCCACCUGAGAAGUCUGCAUUCAACUAUGAUUUAUAUGCUGUUUCUAAUCACUUUGGAUCACUGACUGGCGGGCAUUACACUGCCUGUGUUCGCAAUGGCUACAAGAAUGAAUGGCAUAAUUUUGAUGACUCUCGAUUCUCUGUAUGUGAUGAGUCCAAGGUGCUAAGCAGAGCCGCAUACAAUUUGUUCUAUGUGCGAUCAACUGUAAAAUAG